AUGCCGUCGAUUUUGAGCGACGAUGACAAGGAGACAGUCAAGCGCUUCGUCCCCAAGCAGACCAACAAGAUCCAAGCCGUAGCCGUUGCCAGGCUAUACGUUGCUUAUCCCAACCCCGCGAGAUGGACAAACACGGGGAUUCAGGGCGCCAUCGUCCUGUCAAAUGAUCUCGUCGGCAAUACAUACUGGCUCAAGAUGGUGGACAUUUCAUCCGGAAACCGCGGUGUCAUCUGGGACCAGGAGAUUUUCGACACGUGGAGCUACAAUCAAGAUCGCACGUAUUUCCACAGCUUUGAGAUUGAAGAAUGCCUCGCCGGCCUCUCUUUCACCGACGAGAAGGAAGCCAAGCAAUUCAAGAAGAAAAUGGACGAUAGAGAAAAGAACGCAAGCAGAGCUACGAGAUCGACACCAUUCGGAGGAGCUUCCCAGGCUGCCGCACAUAAACAUGGCCUACUUGGAGGUCUAUUUGGUGGCCGACAUGCAGCAGCGCCUACCCCUCCCGACUCCCCGCGAUCGAACCUGCCACAUGGCCGUAUGCCUUCUCUGAAUGGCGGUCAUAAAUCUUCAGAAUUCGCUGUUCUUGAUGCCUUCGACCCUCAAUGGCGGGAGAAUUUCGGCCAAGAUCUCCGAGAUAAGGGACUGACGGAUGAGUUCAUCAAGGAGAACCAGGAGUUCAUUGUCGAAUUCCUCAAGGAGGAGCAAGAGAAACUAAUGGCUGGCGCUCGGAGUCAUGCGCGGCGCGGCGCCUGCACCCCCGCCUGCCAGAAGAUCUGGAAAAGCAGACACGCCUGCUGUCAACAGAGAACCGACACCCCCAAGCGAGCCUCCAGCGCCAGAAGCAUCGAGGACAAACCCUGGGCCACCUCCUCCGCCGCGACCACCCAAAACGCCAAUGCAAGAGGAAGAAAGGCCUGCUGGACACAAAUUUGGUGUACCGCCCGCAUUUGCCGGGGCCAGGCAGGGCCCGCCACCUCCGAGUCGAGGACCUGUUCCACCGCCGCCGCCCCCACGUUCGGAUGGCCCGCCACUCCCUCCGAAAGCUCCGGCGUCAGAGGCACCGCCGUUACCACCCCCGUCUUCACGCCCGGUGCCACCACCCCCGGCGCUUGGCAGUCCGCCGCUGCCUCCUCCCCCACCACCGUUGCCAUCAUCGAGUGCUCCCCCACCGCCACCUCUCCCAACAUCGAAUGCUCCUCCACCGCCACCUCUCCCGACAUCGAAUGCUCCUCCGCCGCCGCCAUUGCCGUCCUCCAAUGCCCCUCCGGCACCUCCUCUGCCUCCGUUGAACAAUGCGCCGCCUGCGCCUCCUCCGCCGCCUCCCGGAGCAGGAGCACCUCCUCCACCGCCGCCACCUCCACCACCGGGAGGCUUGGGCGGACCUCCCCCACCACCUCCUAUGCCCAACCGAGACUCUGGAAAGCUGGUGGUAUCAGGGCCCUGAAGAAGGUGGACCGCAGUCAGAUCCGCGACAGAAGCAGUGCCACAGUUGGUGGCGGUAGUGAUAGUGGUCCUCAUGGAAGCGGCUUGCCUCCAGCCGGUGUAGCACCUGGUGGUGGUGGUGGUGGUGACAUGGCCAACGCUCUGGCCGCUGCCCUCCAGAAGAGAAAGGAGAAAGUUAGCAGAAGUGAUGAUGAGAGAAGCGACAACGACGACUGGUAA